GUAAAUAAAGCUUUGGCAGAACGCGUGGGUGAUAGUUCUGGAAGGAGCGUCUGAUUUGCUGAAGUGACACUUCCCUCUUUAGAAGCAUUAUUUUCAACACAUCGGGUUAAACUCCCAUUUUUGUAUUUAUAUUAACACAUUACGGGUAUCGAGCGAGCGUCUGAAAAUGGCAGAAAGUGACUGGGACACCGUGACUGUCUUGAGGAAGAAGGGGCCGAGCGCUGCCCAAGCCAAAUCCAAGCAGGCUGUCACUGCUGCUCAGAGACGCGGGGAGGAAAUUGAGACGACCAAGAAAUGGUCUGCGGGGCAGAACAAACAGCACCUUGUGACAAAGAACACAGCCAAACUCGACAGGGAGACGGAGGAGCUGCACCAUGAACGGGUGACCUUGGAGGUGGGAAAGGUCAUUCAGAAAGGCCGACAGGACAAAGGCUUGACCCAGAAAGAUCUGGCCACUAAAAUUAAUGAGAAGCCUCAAGUCAUUGCCGACUACGAGGCUGGCAAAGCAAUUCCCAAUAACCAGGUCAUGGGCAAGAUAGAGAGAGCCAUUGGCCUGAAGCUGCGUGGAAAGGAGAUUGGCCUACCACUAGAAGCAAAACCCAAGAAAAAAUGAACACAAAGCCUCGCAAUCAGCCCUCCCCUUCCCCGUGUUUCCUUUAUUAUUGAAUCCUAAACCAGCCAUCCUCUUCCCCCGGUCCCUUCCUCUUCCUGGGCUGAUGUCACCUGUGUCCUCCCAGAGGACCCGGUGCUCCAACACAUUACAGGCUGCAUACUGACAAGUCAUCUGAAACACUGUCUUGACUACGUUAUCAUGCAUUUUCUUCACAAACUCAGUUUUGUACAUUUCAUUUCACUUAUGCCUGCUUAGGCUUUGGCAUGAUAGAUUCAACUUUUUGAUGGAUGUAUAAUCAUAAAAAGGGCGAAUUAUUUUUCAUGACCAAAUUAGUUCGACUAACUUCAGUCAUGAGCAUGAAGUUAACCAAGAAGUGCUUGAUUGCAUUUUUUUCACACUUGAGGCUGUGGGUGGAUGUCAAUACAGUGUUAAAGUGGUUUAAUGCUGUAAUUUGUUUUGAUCUAAGAAUAAAGAUUGGCAGUUCAUGACAUUUGAGUGUGAACGUAUAUCCAGUGUAGCACAGAAUGUAAUAAAACUGUUUACUUACACGUU